UCUAUCUUCACUUCAAAGUAGCAUUGAGGUAGUAAGUAUUACACUUCGUGAGUACAGUAGUGUGGACUGAAAGUUCACAAGAACUCAUUUACCCAGAAAUCCUUGCGAGCUUUACGUAGUUGUGCGUCAACUCCCCAGUCCCCCCACCAUCACCGUUCUACAGAGGAAGAAAGGGGGAGACGGGCAACCUAUACAGAACGCUUUCACACAAAUAUGAGCGGCAGCGGGCGGCCCAGGACCAGCUCCUUCGCCGAGCCUCCCGGAGCUCCCGGAUCCGCUGCAGCCGGUGCCGGAUCAGCAGUAGCCGGUGGAAGCUCGACAGGAAAAACUGGGGCUUCACAAGCCAGUGGAACCAGCUCGACGAGCUUUGGGAAUUUGAAACUGCCUAGAGACAGUGGCAAGGUGACGACGGUGGUAGCCACACCCGGCCAGGGCCCCGAUCGCCCACAGGAAGUGUCCUAUACAGACAUAAAGGUUAUAGGAAAUGGCUCCUUUGGGGUGGUCUACCAGGCUCGCCUCAUCGACAGCCAGGAGAUGGUGGCAAUUAAGAAAGUUCUCCAAGACAAGAGGUUUAAGAAUAGGGAGCUGCAAAUUAUGAGGAAAUUGGACCACUGCAACAUUGUGAGGCUACGUUACUUCUUCUACUCCAGUGGAGAGAAGAAAGAUGAGGUGUAUUUGAAUCUGGUGCUGGACUACGUUCCCGAGACAGUGUACAGGGUGGCUCGGCACUUCAACAAGGCAAAGACCACCAUCCCCAUCAUCUAUGUUAAGGUGUACAUGUACCAGCUGUUCCGCAGUCUGGCUUAUAUCCAUUCCCAGGGCGUGUGUCACAGAGACAUCAAGCCCCAGAACCUCCUUGUGGACCCAGAGACGGCCAUCCUCAAACUCUGUGACUUUGGCAGUGCAAAGCAGCUAGUUCGGGGGGAGCCGAAUGUGUCCUAUAUCUGCUCACGGUACUAUCGUGCCCCAGAGCUCAUCUUUGGUGCCACCGACUACACGUCCAACAUCGACAUCUGGUCGGCCGGCUGCGUGCUGGCUGAGCUGCUGCUGGGCCAGCCCAUCUUCCCUGGGGACAGUGGUGUGGACCAGCUAGUAGAGAUCAUUAAGGUCCUGGGGACACCAACGAGGGAGCAGAUCCGGGAGAUGAACCCGAACUACACAGAGUUCAAAUUCCCUCAGAUCAAAGCACACCCUUGGACAAAGGUGUUUAAGCCUCGUACCCCACCAGAGGCCAUCGCUCUCUGCUCUCGACUGCUGGAAUACACGCCGGUGACCAGGCUGUCUCCCCUGGAGGCGUGUGCGCACGCCUUCUUCGAUGAGCUGCGCCAGCCCAACACCCGCCUGCCCAGCGGACGAGAACUGCCGCUCCUCUUCAACUUCAGUCCCGUUGAGCUGUCUAUCCAGCCCCAGUUGAACUCCACACUCAUUCCUCCUCACGCUCGUGCACAGACAUCGCCUGCCUCACAUGAGGGCAGUGUGUCAGACAGUACCGCCCAGCCCAGCUCAGCACCUGGAUCCAUCAACAACAGCACCUAAGCCCUCUGUCAUCCUUUCUUUUUGUCUUCCCCCAUUUUCCUUUUCUCUCCUCUGCUCUUCUUCCUCUCCACCUUCCUCCUGGCUCCAAACCCUUUAAAACAUAGAAAAGAAAUAACUAUACACCCCCACAUAAACACUCAGCAUUGCUAUUUUCCCUGAAUUUUAACCAUUUCCAAUAGAAAGCAAUUUCUGUGGCUGCUAGCUUCAGGAAGGUGUGGGGUUGCUUUAAGGAUAUUUAGGUAGCAAUGCUUGGGCUAAAUAUAAGCUGCAGUUCUACGUCCAUGGUGGCCGUCGUCUGGCCCGUUGGAAUAAAUCAACGUUACAUUGGUUGGGAUGUUUGGGAGGUGAGGAAGGGGUUGUACAUGUUAUGUGGAUUUUCUGUAUUAUAAUCAACUUUUAUCCCUUUUUUAUGUUCAUUUUAUUUGCCUUAGCGUAUUUUAUGUGUGGCCGUGGUGCCAUUUGAAUGGGGUCCUGAUUGGCUAUGGAGUUGAGAAUGAGGGCCGUGUGUAAGGCCCGACUAAUAUUGACAAUCAUCCUUAGUGGGGUCAAAGAUGGCACGCUUGUAGUGUACACGUAUGAUUGUACUGUGUAGACUUUCUGCCCUGAACUCGUGUCAGUUCACCCAGCCCUCUGGUGAACACGUGAUGAAUCUUUUUUUAAUCUUCCAGUUUGAUACCAGACAGAAUUUAUUGGCUAAUUUUAGAGAAGAGGUGGUUUUAAAUUUUAUUACAAAGGAAGGCGCCACAGCCCGUCUUUAAACAUUUCUUUUUGACUAUUAGCUCCUCAACUGCCUUUUAUGUGAAUGAGAGGGAGCCGAGUGCACACUUUCAGUUUCUUCAGCUCACGUUGUCAUUGGUGAAGCUGGAAACCAAGCAUUUCAUGUUUAUUCUCAAGUGAGUAUUGCACAUCUCCAAAGGGAGUAGAGGGGAAGCAAAGGGGGGUGAGUUAUGUGUGCUGUCCAGCUGUAAUCAUAACUUCACACAGAGGUUGGAUGUGGGGCUCCAGUUGGGUCUAAUGCAAAAGCCUCGCAUGCCAAAAACAAAGUUGCCCAGCACUGUAGGGCUCGUUAAUUAUGUCACUUUACGGUGUUGAGUUUCAUAUCGGCUUGAUUAUGUCGAAGAAUCGGGUUCAGAGAGAGACUACUGGCCGCUUUCACUGCUCACCUGGCUCGUCGUUGUCAUUUCAGCUAGAAUACACCGUUACCGUUCGUGCAAGAGGAGCACUCUGGAUGAAUUGUGUGACCCUCUUUGCCUCUUCCCAAACAGCCCGCCCGCUCAUAUCAUGUUCUUCUUGUCCUGUGGUGGUGUUUGUAGGAACUGAUCGUGAAAGAUUUACUCAGCCUAACGGUCCACUGUCGGCAGUUUUCUUUCUUCGCAAAUGUGCAUGUUCAGCCCAAGUUGACCACACUAUAUUGCUUCCACUAAUCUCAGUAAUGAUCAGAGCAGACACGAUGCUCAAACCCCUGAAACCCGACGGCUUUUGGAGCCUCCCCUUCCAUUCCUUAUCGUCCUCCUCCUCCUCCCCCUGCCUUCUGCUUACCUCUUUCCUCCUUUUUUCACUGCUAAACUGUAAAUAUCAAUUACCUUUUAUUUUAUUUUGUUAUUAUUGUUAUUAUAUUGUUGUUCUUGUAAUUUUUUUUUCUUCUCUAGUAGACCGGCACAGCAGCUGCCGGACUGUUUAUCCUCAGUCGCAGUCUGUAAAUACGAUUUCAUUUCAGUCCCUGGUUCAGGAGGGGAAAAACAGAACAAAAUGUUUCUUUUGAAUUCUCUCUCCCUCCAUUUCUCUCUUCACGACUUUCCCGUUUCCCCCAUAAAUGUUGUCAUUGUUUUAUUUAUUGUAUCGUGUUUUUUUGGGAGGGGUGGGGGAUCUUUUCUUCUCCAAUGGGUACAAUUGUGGGAUUUAAGGUUCUUUUUUUUUUUUUUUUUAUUCCAAAUUUUAGUCCAGCAAUGUCACAUGCAAAACGAUUUCACAUCCAAGAUACUGUACUGAGAUCCGGACGUUGGUGCGUGCUUUCCAAUCAGUGGUCUUGUAUGUAUGCAGGUGCACAUGGUAGCCAACAGGUGGAACUCCAUUUUUUCAUUUAACUUUAAUGUGAAGGGAAUGUUACAAGCCUCUGGAUCUACAGGGUCCUAGUGUUGUGAGGGAGCACGGAUAACCUUGUGUGUGUGUGUGUGCGUGAGUGUGUGCGCGAGUGUGUGUCCGGAGGAAAGGGGAAAUAAUGAAUCUGUCCAUUGACAUGUAUCAUCUCCUGUGUCCGACCGUCUCCUGUUUUUUGCUUACUGUGUGUCGUAUGAGCGUAACGGGUUUGUCCUGUUAGUACUGUGUGUAUGCUUCACAGAUACUUGAGCACAGCUGCAGGGAGUGUGUGUGUGUGUGUGUGUGUGUGUGUGUGUGUGUGGGCAGACCAUGAACAUUAUUCUCAGUACUCCUGACUUUUCCUAAAUGAAGAGCUGAUUAAAUGUGCUUUUUAAUGUUUUUGUUUUGUUUUCCCAUCUUCUGAUCUGUCACACUUUGUUUUUAAUUUGCUGUGACCCUGCUCUUUUAUCGCCCUCGUCUGAGGGUAACAUGUCAUUGUUGGUAAACGGAACGGUUGGAUAAAGGAGAUGAUGAAGAGAGAGGGAUGGAGGGAGAGAGACAGUUUUUGUUUGUUGGUAUAAAUAAUUAAACUCAUUAAUAAAGUGAUGAAACUGUU